AUGCCCAGGAGCUCCGCCACCGUCGCCUACGUCUCUCUGUCGACUCACGCGAUGCCAAACGCCCCGAAGCGCCGCCCCCGACCUCGUCUUCGUUGUUCGGCCGCCGAGAUCGCCGGCGACCUCCCGUCUUCAUCAGCUCCUCCCGACCUCGCCGACCCGCUCGUCGUGACCGUGCCGCUCGAGCUCGAGAUCGAGCUCGAGCUCCGCCGCCUCGGCUCGUCGGCGUUCGCGCGGUACAGGCCUCCUCCGCCCCCGUUCUCUGUCGAUCUGGAACCCCCGAGCACCCCUGAUCAUUUCCCCUUUCUUCCCCGCUUCUUUUGCAGCCGGAAACGGCCGGACCCGUCGACGCCCGAAGCUCCUCCACCGCGUGACCUCGUCGCCGGUGAACCAGGCCACCCCAGCGACCGCAACCACCUCCACCCAAACGGCGACUCGACGCUGAGUCUAGCCGUACCCUCGCCCGACCUCGCCGUGCCCUGCAUCGACGCCGGUGAGCUCGCCGACCCUCUGUCGCGGGAGCCGCUCGAGCUCGAGAUCGAGCUCGAGCUCCACCGCCUCGGCUCGUCGGCGUUCGCGCGGUACAGGCCUCCUCCGCCCCCGUUCUCUGUCGAUCUGGAACCCCCGAGCACCCCUGAUCAUUUCCCCUUUCUUCCCCGCUUCUUUUGCAGCCGGAAACGGCUAGACCCGUCGACGCCCGAAGCUCCUCCAUCGCGUGACCUCGUCGCCGGCGAACGAGGCCACCCCGGCUACCGCAACCACCUCCACCCGAACAGCGACUCGAUGUUGAGUCCAGCCGUACCCUCGCCCGACCUCGCUGUGCCCUGCAUCGACGCCGGUGAGCUCGCCGACCCUCUGUCGCGGGGUUAG